UGUACUAAUGUAAACAAGAAGGAUAAAAAUAUUUGACUGAUUGUAAUAUUCAUAGUUUUAUUGUUUUUUCUCCUACAGUAAACAAAAGAAAUGCACGCAUUGUGUGAAAAGAAAUGAGUUAUUGAGCGGAAAAAAAAAAAAAUAUGGAUUCGGGAACCCGAGUAGCAAAAUUUAAAAGUUUACGAUGGGUUUUGUUUUUGCUACUGCUGCGCAAGUGAGAUCUCUGUGUAAUUUAAUCUUAUGAUAAGUGACGGCUUAGGAUGACAUAAUGCGUACACGUGUGCAAGAUUGCAUUGCGUUGUACUAUUCUCUGUUUCUAAGCGAGCUUUAGCGAUUGAAAAUGAAUGAUAAUGAAAAGACUGAGAUAUUCGUAACUGGUGGUGCUGGCUAUGUAGGAAGUCAUUCAAUUCUAGAGUUAUUGAAAAAUGGGUAUAGUGUUGUUGCUGUUGACAAUUUCUCAAAUUCUAAACCUGGCAAAGACCAAACUAUGCCUGAGAGUUUGAAAAGGGUUCAAUGUUUGGCUGGUAAAGAGCUUACAUUUUAUGAGGUUGACCUUUUAAACAAAGAUAGUUUGAAGCAAAUUUUCCAAAAGCAUACAUUUUCAUGUGUGGUCCACUUUGCUGCCUUAAAAGCUGUUGGUGAAUCUUGUAGAGUACCUUUAGAUUAUUACCGCAACAAUGUGGGUGGCUCAGUGAAUCUUUUAGAAGUUAUGCAGGAGUUUAAUGUGAAAAGGAUAGUUUUCUCUAGUUCAGCAACUGUAUAUGGUGUGCCUUUAUAUCUUCCAAUUGAUGAAACACAUCCAGUUGGUUCCACAUGCACCAAUCCUUAUGGUCGGACCAAAUAUUUUAUUGAGGAAAUCUUAAAAGAUGUUUCAAAAUCAGAAAAAGGCUGGUCUGUCAUUUUGCUGAGAUAUUUUAAUCCUGUUGGAGCACAUGAAUCUGGCAUCAUAGGAGAGGAUCCACAUGGUGUGCCAAAUAAUCUCAUGCCAUACAUUUCACAAGUUGCUGUUGGUCGCCUAAAAGAGUUAAUGGUGUUUGGAAAUGAUUAUGACACUGUGGAUGGAACUGGUGUGAGAGAUUUUAUUCAUGUUAUGGAUUUAGCUGAAGGUCAUGUAUCAGCUGUAAAGGAAAUCCUGACAGCCGAGUUUAAAGGAUGCACGGCAUACAAUUUAGGAACUGGUAAAGGAUAUUCUGUUCUUGAAGUAAUAAAAGCAUUUGAAGAUGCCUGCUCAGUUAAGAUACCUUAUAUUAUUGUUGAUCGUAGAGAUGGGGAUGUUGAUAGUAUUUAUGCAGAUGUAUCAUUGGCGGAGAAGUGUCUUGGUUGGAAAUCAAAACGGUCAUUAAAGCAAAUGUGUGAAGAUACUUGGAGAUGGCAGUCAAAGAACCCAAUUGGAUUCAGAACUUAAAAAUUUGUAAUUAUAAAAAAAAACACUUUUUCAGUUUUUCUAAGUUUUAUAUUAUUUGCAAAAUGCAUCGUUAGUAAAAUAUUUUUUUAAAAUCAUGAUCAUCAGCAGAAUUUUCAAGUUCUGAUUUCCACAAGCCAAUUCAAUUUUGUCAUAUCCUAUUGUUUAAUGAUUAUAAAUGAACAAAAUAACUAUGAGAUAAUACUGCCGUGAGCAGGUAAUUGGCAGUACCUGCAGAAAUGAGUUUGAGACAUUUGAUGAAACAUGUUUUGAAUUUAAAGGUAACAAUAGGGAAAUGCUGGAAUUAAACUCUUUUUGGUGCAUUUUUUUCAAAAACCAAAACCAAAGCUUGUACAACAAAUGACAAAAUUGCAAAAAGUAAAAAAAAAUUUAAAAAAAAGAAAAAAAUGAAAUUGCCUUUACCUGCCCACAGCAGAAUACGUUCUUAUUCUUUGACCAGUUUAUGUACUAUAGAUUAUGAUUGCAAUCCAAUGUGUUAAAUGUUGUGAAUUUAACUA